CGCAAUAUUGCAAUUCACAACAGAAAGCUACUUUCUUAACGCGCGCGCGUCUUGUUUUUCGGGGCUUUUCACUAUUACCUGUUCAAGUUUCCACCACUCCUACUCUUCUUCAACUUACCACCUCGUCUUUUACCAGAAGCCGCAUCAGAAGCUUCUAAUUGGGCUGAGAGAGAGAGAGAGAGAGAGAGGGAGGAGCGACGGAAAAGAGGCAAGAAAGACUCGUCAAGUGCUGCGGCGCUCCAAACUCUCGCCCUCCUGUCGCACGCAGCGAAAGUCGGAGAAGAAAGCAGAAGUGGCGUCGUGAGGCUGCAGCUGCCGGCGGCCAUGGCGCAGGGCUCGGACAGCAACGACGCCGGCUACCGCUCGCCGUCACCUGGGGGCCGGCAGAGCUCGUCGGACGACGUGAAGAAGGUGAUGCGGCGCGAGAAGAACCGCAUCGCGGCGCAGAAGAGCCGAAUGCGGCAAACUCAGAAGGCUGACAGCCUCCACCUGGAAAGCGAGAGCCUGGAGAGAGAGAACGCUGCGCUAAGGAAGGAGGUGAAGCAGCUGAAGGAGGAGGCCAAGUACCUGUCGUCGGUGCUGAGCAGCCACGAGCCCCUGUGCGCGGGCCUCACCCCGACCACCCCGGACCUCCCGUACCCGCCUCACCACCACCACCGCCGCCACCAGACCGCCUACCACCAACACAUCGCCGUGCCACACUACCAGCACUAACCCCACCCACCCAGCCUCUCACAGACGCACUCGGAGCUGACCUGGAGGAUGACCAUAGAUCAGAUUGCGUCACCUUCCAUGAGAACAGUUUAUUCCCCGAGCGGUCACAAUAUUAGGUACACCUGAACAACCCCAGAAGGGUCGGCAGUCAAUCGCAAGUGGCGGUCGGGAACUGAGGUCCCUUUCUAGAGCGCUUCGGAUGGUGUUCCACAAGGCUCUCUGUACAGGAUGCAUACAUUUUGACAUUAUACUCUACAUAAGUUUAACGAUUGCUUGCCCCUACAGUACAAAAAAAAAAAAAAAAAGAAA